CGCAGUGCUAUGGAGAAAGUAAAAGUGGGUGAUGUGGGCAGAAGGGCGUGACACUUGAGCUAAGUGACGGGGAGCCAGCCAUGGGGGCAUCUGGGGCAGAACGUCCGGGCAGGGAAGAGGCAGUGCAAAGGCCCUGAACUGGGCACAAACUUGCUGUGUUAGAAAAGUCACGGAGGCACCCUAGCCGUGUGGCUCAGUGGAUAGAGUGUCGAUCGGCCUGUGGACUGAAGGGUCCCAGGUUCCAUUCCCAGUCAGGGCACGUGCCUGGGUUUCGGGCUCAAUCCCCAGUGGGGGGUGUGUGUGCAGGAGGCAGCCGAUCAAUGAUUUUCUCAUCAUUGAUGUUUCUCUCCCUCUCCCUUCCUCUCUGACAUCAAUAAAACUAAAUGGGAAAGAAGAGUCAAGGAGGCCAGUGUGAGACAGCGGAGUGGAGUACUGGCUGGGUGUUGAGGCAGCGCCCCAGUCCUGCUUUGUCCCCUUUGGGAAGGAGUGACCGACCUAACAGCAGAGGGUGGGCCCUGGGCUGGGCCUCUCUCCGUUCAGGGUAGGCGGCACCCCUCAUCCUUGGGCAGCCUCUGUGAAAAGGGGAUCAAAACACUGCAGCGUCAGUGGGGUGGUUCUUCCCAGGCUCCUGUGCUCUGUGCAGGAGGAGCCAGGGUCCGUCCUAUUUACAGAUGAGAAAACGGGUCAGACGGGGCAAUCCUUCACACAGGGCUGCAGGCUUAGUAACAGACGAACCAGCCUUCAAGUUAGGUCCUCCGGCUGAGCAUGGCUGCCCGCCUGGAUGGGGCGAUCUGCCCCCUUUUAGGGUUCUCUGGGCUCCGGUUGUCCAUCACCCUCAGCCCCUGGUGCCAGCAGGUCAGACGGUGAUGGGUGCUUAUCUCACAUUUGCUUGGAGAGACCACCCAGCUGUGGGCAGGGGUCUUGCGGUGGCGAGGCACAGGGCCCCCCACAUGUCUAGGCUGCCACUGGGGUGUUGCUGGAGGUGCGCCUGAGGCUCUGGGCUGGCGUAUGUAUGGGAGUGGGAGGGUCCCAGGGAAGCCCCCGGGCACGUGCACUGGUGGAAGCCUGCCCUGGUCGGGGCUCCAUCGCCAGCCAAGAGCCCGCACUGGCCCAUGCCAGUCACUCUGCUCCUUCCCCUCUAAAUAUAGCCCAGUGGGCUGAGCUCAGGCUUAUUUUGGGCCCGGGCUGGGAGGCAGCCAGGCCUUCCCCGGGUUCUCUGAGGAGCCACUGCUGCCUCCAUCCUGUCCUCCUUCUGGGGCUGACAUCGGGCCCUGACUGCCCACCCCAUCAUGCCAGAGGAGACCCAGCAAGGCCCCCAGAAGGAAGGGGUGGCCCACUGGCUCAAUCAACCCUGCGCCGCCCCAGCAGACACCGCGGCGGCGGCACCGACGCUGAGCCCGGGGAACAGGGCAUCACUGGCCAACCACGUGCAGGAGGUGCGCCUGCUCCGGGUGGAGUCGAUCAGUGACCUGCACAGCGGAGGCUUGCUGUGCCCCUACCUGGCCGAGGAGGCACAGCCAUGGGAUGAGCUGCUGGGCCUCUUGCCUCCUGGCUGCAGCCGCGGGGGCUUCCUGCUGCUGCUCGCUCUGCUGGUGCUCACCUGCCUGGCGCUGGCCAUCCUGGGGGUCUACCUGAGCGUGCUGCAGAGCGAAUCCCUCCGCACAAUGGCGCACACACUGCACGCGCAGGAGGAGACCUUACUCAAGCUGCGGCUGGCCAGCCUCAGCCAGCUGCGGAGGCUCAACUCCAGCGAGGCCCGAGCGCCCAGCUGAGAUUUGCCUGGGCCUGGAGUCGGGGGUGUGUUGGGGGAAUAAAGCGGCCCUUGGCAGGUUUCUCCUCUCCCACUGCUGCUCCACCUACUUCCUGGUGAGGUUUCUGUGCAAGAAGCUGAUCUGCCCCACAGCUGACCGCCUCUCCUGGCUUCUUCCGGCCAGGCCUAGCCAGGUCUCCUGGGGCCAAGGCCCGGCUCUGGGUGGCCCAAGGUCAGAGGCGGCGAUGCCAGCCUCCGGGCUCUCCCUGCAGCCUGCCAACACUCCUUGGCCUCCCCAGAGAGCAGGUUCCCAAGUCUAGAAACAGCUGCCCCCACCCCAACUUUGCCAAGCUUCCCAGAAGGGUUCCAGCCUC